UCUAAUCCCUCCACUAGCCCGUACCCCCCGGUUCGCGAGCCACAGCAUCAGCAUCUCCUCUCCCUCCCCCCUGUCUCCAAAUCCCCCCACUACCAACAUGCCCGAGCACGAAGACGACCUCGUUGCCUCCCAGACCGAGGGUUUCAAGGUCGGAGAGAAGAAGACCAUCGAAGAGUACACAAACCUCGAUAAGAACGAUGAGUCCCUUAACCGCUGGAAGGCCAGCCUGGGUAUCAGCACCGGAGCUCCCAUUGGCGACCCCAACGAUCCCAGAAAGUGCAUCAUCAAGUCCCUUGCCCUGGAGGUGGAGGGACGGUCUGAUGUUGUGAUUGACCUGUCUGCUCCUGGCGCGGUCGACACCCUCAAGGACAAGCCCUUUACGAUCAAGGAGGGCGCCACCUUCCACAUCAAGGUUGUCUUCCAGGUCAACCAUGAGGUUCUGAGCGGCCUCAAGUACCUGCAGGUUGUCAAGCGUAAGGGUAUCAGAGUUGGCAAGGAUGAGGAGAUGCUGGGAAGUUACGCCCCCAACACCACCGACAAGCCCGUCUACGAGAAGAAGUUCAAUGCCGAGGAAGCCCCCUCGGGCAUGAUCGCUCGUGGCCACUACAACGCCGUGUCCAAGUUCGUCGACGACGACAACCACACUCACCUUCAGUUCGAGUGGUCCUUCGACAUUGCCAAGGACUGGUAGAUCUAGAUAGUCGGACUGGCUCUGCUUUCUGGCUUCCCGCCACCUCCCAAUCUCGCGCGCUCUCUCUUUCUCAUAUAUGAAACUAUGAACUACUCACCUAUAUCAUUUCGCAUGAGCAGCAUAUUACUACUUCUACUUCCACUUUCUUCGCAGUUAUACUAGCGUUGGACCCGCGUGUUGUUCGUUCUCGAAUUCUAAUUGUUUGAUUCGCACACCUUUCCCUGCGUUCAUUGUCUGCUAGGAUUCUUGAUAAAUGGAUUUAUCUGGGUUGCAGCCAUUGCUUUCCAUUGACCAUACAUAGAUCUGUCCUACCCCAAAUCCUACCUCAAUAACGAUUUAUAUAACCCCGUAUAUACAAAACACUAUCUG